ACACAACACACACACACACACACACAGAGCCCAGCUUUCCUGGCCUGAGCCCUUCUCCUGUUGAGGGUUUGGAUUCUCUCUCUGCUCCAGCAGCCACUGCCAUUUUACUGAUCCACUUCUUAUCAGGACCAAAGGAUUGCCUUGCAGAGGAGCUCAGUGUUUCCGCCGCAUGGCUCUUCCGGUCUGAUCCUUGUCGUGCAGGCCUGAGAGAAUUUACCAGCCUCCUGGGAAAGAAGUGAGGAAGCGGACGAUGGCCCACAGGAGCUAACAUUUCUUCUCUGCCAGUAGAUAUUGAGCUUCUCUCCAGAGGAUGGGCUUUCACGCUCCAGAUUGAACACAACGCAACCCACAAGUGGAAAGUGGGCAUCUUGCCAAGGUGAUUCCUAAGGCGUUCCUGCUAACCAGUGCAAACUUGAAGGUUGCUAUGGUUAUUUUCUCGUCUGUCUGGACAGUUGAUGAAAAAAGCUUGGCUUAUCCUGGUAACAAGCAGCUUUUGUGGAAGUGCUGGAGAAUGAGACGGUGACACGGCUCAGUGAAUCUCCUCGGUUUAGUCCUGUGUGUUCAAAAUGUCCAGCUUGAAGGCUGACAUGCUUCUGAGGCUGAAGUAGUAUUUCUGAGGACCCAAGCAACCUCCUACGGCAGAUUCACCUAGUCGGAAACGCUUCAGGUUUAUUCAUCUCCGUCUUCCUUCGGCAGCUCCAAUGUCCCACCAUUUUGUGGCGGAUUACCAACCAGUGUUGCUGGAAGAUGGCUACUUAGCUUCUUGACCACGAAAUUGGACGACGGGUCGUGCCUCAGUCCUUUCUUAUUCCUGGUUUGGGAUUUGUACAGUUUGAUUAUUAUCCCCCUUUCUUCCUUCCUUUUUUAUUACUUAUUUUCUCUACCUCAAAAGCUGAUUUGAAGAAGAAGAAAAAAUUAAACAUUUUCCAAAAACAGUUAUCAAAAAUGACAAGUCUGUUCCGACGGAGCAGCAGCAAUGGUAGCUCAAGGAACAGCUCUUCCGCCCAGGAACUCAACAACAGCCGCCCUGCUAGGCAGGUCCGGCGGCUGGAGUUUAACCAGGCGAUGGAGGAUUUCAAGACUAUGUUCCCCAAUAUGGAUUACGACAUCAUUGAAUGUGUUUUGAGGGCUAACAACGGUGCAGUGGAUGCUACCAUUGACCAGCUGCUGCAGAUGAAUUUAGAUGGCAGCGGAUGUGAUGACAGCUCUGAUUCAGAUGACAGUAUUCCUCCAGAGAUUUUGGAACGGACUCUGGAACCUGACAGCUCAGAUGAAGAGCCACCUCCUGUUUACUCUCCCCCUUCCUAUGACAUGCAUGUCUUUGACCGACAGUACCCACAGGCGCCCCCGACACCACCCCCCAGGAUUGAUAUCCAGAAUUCCAGUGGCCCACCAGCGCCACGACGGUAUCGGAACUGGAACCCCCCGUUGUUAGGCAAUCUUCCUGAUGACUUCCUUCGCAUCUUGCCCCAGCAGAUGGACAAAGUGCAGAGUUCUCAAAGCUGCCAUCAAACAACCAAAAGCCCGGGAAGCCAGAGAACCCAAGUCUCAUUGGACCAGGAGAGGAAAUGGAAGCAGUAUCUUGAAGAUGAGCGGAUUGCGCUCUUCCUCCAGAACGAGGAGUUCAUGAGGGAACUGCAGAGGAACCGGGAUUUUCUUCUGGCCCUUGAAAGAGAUCGCUUGAGGUACGAGUCAAAGAAAUCGAAGAUGAACAGCGCUGCUGUCAGCAGCGAUGUCAGUUUUUCCUCUGUAAUAUCAGACGACGUCGUUCGUUCCUUAACUGGCGUGUCCAGUGGUGCCGUCUCCGAAGAUGCCUUAUUCAGAGACAAAUUAAAACACAUGGGAAAAUCAACACGCAAGAAACUGUUUGAGCUUGCCAGAGCUUUCUCAGAGAAGACCAAAAUGAGGAAGUCGAAAAGAAAACAGCUGUUAAAGCAUCAGGUGAUGGGAACAGCAGCUUCGACGGCUAAUCUGCUCGAUGAUGUUGAAGGACAUUCAUGUGAUGAAGACAGCCAAACCAGAAGGCGACCGUUACCUGUAGAAGAAGAAACGUCAAAAGAAGUGCAGUGAUGGGUAAUGUAAGAUCCUGAGCUGGCAGUUGUAAAGAAGAAAAGCCAAGUAAGCGGAGAAUUGGAAGAUGACGGAGUAAAAGGAAUGGUUCUCAGGCUGAAGCUGCAUUCCAGCCCUGGAGUUGUCGGAUGCUUCCGAAACGAAGUUACAAGCAUUGUAUAAUGUCAAGGCACACAACAUUUUCUUACCGAUGGGUUUGAAAACAUUUCUGGGUUGUAGGGUGUUUUUAUUUCCUUUCUUCUUCCUCAGUCUGAGAGAUGACAUUAACAGCUGAUCUGGGUGUUUUUUUCUAUGCCGUUUUUUUGCCAUUGGAGAAUGAAUUUUCAACUCCAAAUGACGCGUCGAGGCCCUUUCUUUCUUUGUUACACAGUGCUGUUCAGGUGUAUAAAUGAAAAAAGGAUGCUGAUGUUUAAAUUUUUCAAACCCUCUCUCUUUUAGUAACAGAUAUGUGCCCUUUGUCAAGGUACGGGAUGGCCACCGCAUUUUGUUGUAUGGUUGAUGAUCUCUUUUUUUAUUAUUAUUAUUUUUGUUAUUACUAUACGACUGUUGCUGCUGAUAGAAAAGAAGCCCAAAUUAAGGUAAUACCCAGCCAUCUCUGUUCAAAACGAUAUAAAUUUCGCUCUCGGAAAAAGGUGGAGAACCAAAAGCGUCGCAUAAUGGGUUCGUCCUUGAGUUGGUCCUCAGUUUCUUUUUUUAAGCGGAUUUAAUAUCCACCCAUCAUGAAGCCAUCUCUCCCCGCCCCAUUGCUUUGGUGUGAUUGCUCUUCUGAAUAUCAUGUUCCUUGUAUUGCUGAAAAAUGAGGUUGAAAAAUAGAAUUGAUGUAGCAGGUUCAUAUUCACUAUAUUCUCCAUUUGUGCUUUGGGUGGUUUAGGGCUCUUUUGCAACAUUGCAAUGAGAGCCUCAGCCGUGUUUCAUACUGUGUUGAGGAAAUGUUUGAAAGGCUGGUAUCUUCCCCUCCAAUUCGGCAAAGGUAAUCCUUUAUCUUCCCACGUUUUCAGCUAUUUUUAAAAUGUCCUGGUUUCUCUCUCUUCCUCCCAUGUUUCCCCCUUUGUCCUCAGCCUACUUCAGUUGCUGCAAAUGGAGUUUAAAGUGCAAAAGGAGUUUGCACUCGGUAUUUCACUAGAGGAGGAAAGUCUAGCCAUUUCCAGUUGGCUCAAGCAAAAGCAAAUUGCUGCAACCUUUUCUGGCUAGAUCAAUAGUAAGGCGUAACAAAGCAUUGAAAGGUACUUAUACAACAGCUCCAGUUAAAUUAUUAAUUCCUCAUUAAUAACUUUGGCCAUCUUGAACACAAUCUGAUGUUGCUUGGCCCCACAUGUCCCAGUUUUCAUCUGUGAAACGUUGGAGGGUAUGUGGUGCAAGGCUUUAAGAUAGGGAAACCAUAGAAUCAUGUAGUUGGAAGAGGCGCAGGAAGACAUGACUCCCCAAAAAUGCUCACCCAACCUCUAUUUCAAAACUUCCAAAGGAGAGACGAAGGCAGUCUAUUCUGUUGGAGAAACAAUUCCUAUGCAACUGGGAUUCAGGGGCUGGGGCAUCACUUUUUAAAUAGCUACGGUUUGCCAACUCUCCCAGUGGCAUACUGGUUGGGAGGUUCUGGGAUUCACGGCCCCGAAAAAGUAAAUUUUCCAGGCAACUAGGCAACAGUUGAAUAGAAGGGGUGCACACAAUUGGCCUCGUCCGUCUGGUACCAAAUAUUUCAAACAUUAACCUCAGUUGUACGUUACGAAACUGUGUGUGAAAGGAACAAUUGCAUGAGAGUCCUGUGAGGGAAUUUGGGGUGGGAGGGGUGGUGGUGGUUUGGUUUAGAUUGGAUUUGCCUGCAUGUGGUUUGUAUUAGUUGUGGGGUUUCCCCAGCAAUCGCAGCUUCCUGGCGGUGGCUGUUUUGUGAUUUGAUUCCACAAAGGCAGGGACUCUGAACUAUGGGUUGUUGACGCUCGCUGGUACAGCAACUGCUUUGACACAGGGAGUCCUGGGUUCAAAUCCAAUAUCUCAGUGUAAAAAAAGAAUUGCCCAGGGUUGAAAUGUCCCCAGGCCUUAAAGUCCUCUCCUCGGAUCUUACACAGCAUCUACACUGCAACAAUAAUGCAGUUUGUCACUGCUUUAAUUGCCAUAGCUCAAUGCUAUAGAAUUCUGGGACUUGUCGCUUUGUGAGAUACAAAUCCCGUAGGAUGGAGCCAUUAAAGCGGUGUUAAACCACAUUCGUCCUUCUGUGUAGACCUGAACUGCAGCCCCUGAUUAGAACAGACAAUUUUGGGGACAGAACGAUCAAUGGCCUGGUUCAGCAUAAAGCAUUUUAAAUAUAUGUUUCUUGAAUCAGAGAUAGUGCUAAUAACCCGAAGGUUGUAGGUUCAAAGCCAACUCUAGCUGUUUUACUGCUGCCUUUUUAUAAAUGCAUUAACCAUUUAAGCGAUCUUGGAUCUAUAUCACAGUCCUUCCGAACGAAUACCUAGAAGAGACAUAAAGAUUUCAAGUCUUUCAUCCUUGCCAUUCUGUUGAGGUGGCACCGGUUGCUGCUGAAUGCAAAUGCAAAAUUGGGGUAGAGGUCCAGGGUCCCCUUCUUGGGCAGUAGUUCUCCUUAACAUCAUGUGAAAAACAACCUGCUUUUGCGGGAUCAUAUUUGUGCAUGGGACCUGUCCUGUGUGAUAAACUAGUGUGAAAUGUUGGAGGGUAUGCUAAGAUAGACCCUUUUGAGUCAGUGGAAUUGGCAGAAGUGUUGACUUGCUCCCAUUAAUUCAGAUCUACUCUAGCUGGGACUAGCAAAUGGAUUUAAUCCAGAGAAAGAGAGAGAUAGCACAUUGUGUGGUUUAAGCAAAACCCGCAGUGAAGUUUUUGUGUCCUCUCCUGGACCAAAGUGACAUCAGCACAAAACUUGGACAAAAGUUCAGCCUCUUGAUCUCGGCAGCCUUGGCCUUGUACGCCAUCCAAGUUUCCAGGCUGUUUUGAGGUUGAAGGGAAGGAGGGAAAUGAUACGGUUUAAAGGGACCCACAAGCUUGGGAAAUAGCCAGGGAUUAAUAAUUAUGGGGUGUGCGUCUGCGGUGGGGUGAGAGGCGACGAAUAAGAGCUGCAAAGGGACUCGCACCCUUAAGAUGGGGAACCGCAAGGCAGCCUUCCUUCUGCGCCUUGUGUAAGAACAAGGCUUAAUACUGUUUGUGGCUGGAAAUAAAACAGACACACAACUCAGGAGAGAGCCAAGGCAGCCUUAGAGCUUGGGAAAGCUGCUUUUUUUUUUUGGACUACAACAUCCAGAAUGCCCCAGCCAGCAUGGGACUUAGGCCGCAUUCCCACUUACAAAUAAAUCGCUUCCCUUGAUCUGAAUCGAUGGAUCGGUUUGGCAAGAUUUGUUCACACUACAUUUGCCCUGAUCCCAUUUUCCUAUUUGCAAAAUAAAAUAAAAUAACCUGCUUGUGGUUCACGUUGACAAAAUGAAUAGAUUCAAAAUGGACCCACUCCAGCCGACCGAAGGGCAAAUUUAAAUCAAUUCCUAUCUGCAUUUGCGUGGAAUCGAUUCAUCCAAAAAGAUGCGGAAACAAUCAGCAUCAAAAAGACACAGGUUAAACGGGUCUAGUAUAUGGCCCCCCUCUCCGAAUUGCAUCAUUUAAACCGGUUCAUUUAAACUAGUUCAAACUGAUUUGCCAUCCGGUUUAAAAGGUAGUGGGAAUGUGGCCCUUGCCGAAUUAACUGGAGGAUUCUAGGAGCUAUAGUGCAAAACCAAACCAAACCAAACCAACCAUUUCCCCAUGCUCUACAAGGAAAUAAGCUAACCUGCUUGAUGUGAGAUACUUAAGGGAUUUGUCAUAGUGUAAUAACAUGCGCAGAGAGCCAGUGUGCUCUAUUAGUUUCAGUGUUGGGUUGGAUGCUGGAAGACCAUGGAAACCCAUUGGGUGACCCUGAGCAAGUCACACUCUCUCAGCCUUAGAGGAAGGUAGUGGCAAACCUCCUCUGAACAAAUCUUGCCAAGAGAAUCCUGGGAUAGUCCAAAAAAGUUGUAUUCCAAGAUGUCAUCUUUUAUAUUUUGUGGGUGGGGAAUAUUUCCUCCCAAAAAGCAUGAUGUAGAUAACACAUCUCUUUAGCGAUGUGCUGGAAAGUGGAUUUGAACCUGGGUCUCCUAUAGUAACUCCCAACACCAAUGGACUGUUGAAGCUGCUCAUUGCUAUUGCUAAUAAAAAACAGAGACUUGAGGCACCUUAAGUCCAGGUUGAGGGUCCUUUAUCUGGAAUUCCAAAAUCUGAAGUACUCCAAAACAACUGUUACUCAAUUAAUCCACAAUUG